AUGAAGGAAGCUCAACCUCCCGUCGUCAACAUCAACAACAGCCCCUCCCCUCUAAACACCACCAAGCCCCUCCGAUUUCUUGUCAUCGGGGCCGGAUCGCGGGGAACGGCCUAUGCGCGUGCCGUAACGACCACCACCGCCGGGGUGAUCCACACCAUCGCCGAGCCCCACGCCUUCAAACGCCAGGAGUUCGGCCGCAACUUCGUCUGGGGCGAUAAAGGCGGCAGCCCACACGAAGGCCAGGAAUUCACUGACUGGCAGGAAUGGCUGCAAUGGGAACUGAAGCGUCGUCAACAGCUCCAGCACGCCAUUCAACCCCCAGGCGUGGACGGCGUCUUCAUCUGCACCCUCGAUGAGACCCAUAUCGAGAUUCUCCGCGCCAUUGCCCCGCUCCAACUCCAUAUCCUCUGCGAGAAGCCGCUGGCCCUGUCGCUGGCCGACUGUCUCACGGCCUAUCGCGUGCUGGGCGGCCAGUCGCCAUCGACUAUCUUCUCCAUCGGUCACGUCCUGCGAUACAGCCCGCACAAUAUCCUCCUGAGGAAACUCCUGCUUGUUGACCGCGUCAUCGGCGAUAUCGUUUCCCUCGAGCACUGCGAACCUGUCGGCUGGUGGCAUUUCGCGCACAGCUACGUCCGCGGGAAUUGGCGGCGUCAGACCCCCGCUGGUGACGGGUCUCUUCUUACGAAAUCGUGUCAUGAUAUCGAUUUCAUUCUUUGGUUGCUGUGCUCGCCGCCGCCGGUUUCUUCGGCCGACAACGCAGACGCAGACGCAGAUGCAGAUGCAACGACAGACUCUGGAUCACCACAUCUCCCCCGCUCCAUCUCCUCCACAGGCACUCUCACUCAAUUCCGACCCGCUCGGAAACCACUCGCCGCAGGCUCUGCCACAAACUGUCUUUCCUGUCCAGCCGAGCCGGAAUGCAAUUACAGCGCGCUGAAAAUCUACCGCGACAUGCACGUGAAGCAGUCCAUCUUCGACUGGCCCGUAAAUAUCGUCUGUCCGGACAUCGAGGACGUAGUCCGUCCGUUUGCGUCCUCCUCCAGCAAUGACGGCGCCAUCGCCGCAGCAGAAACGCACCUCCUCAAACGCCUCGGAGAAGACUACUCCCGCGAGACCAUGACGGAUACCGAAAUCGCCUCGAGACCAUGGUACGGCCGGUGCGUGUACGACGGCGAUAACACCGUCUGCGACGACCAAAUCGUCACCAUCACCUGGGACGAUGAACAGCCCUCCUCUUCCUCCAAAGCGUCCCCCCGCCCAUCCAAAACAGCAACAUUCCACAUGAUCGCGCCCACGGAAAAACAAUGCGAACGCCGCGGCCGCGUCUACGGCACAACCGGCGAGAUAAGCUACGACUCGCGCACCAUCAGCGUGUACUCCUUCGCGACGCGGUCGACGACAGAAAUCCCCGUUCCUCGACAGGCGCCGGAAGAGGAGAAAUCGCACGGGGGCGGGGAUUAUGGAUUGGCACGGAGUUUUGUGAAGGCGGUUGAUGCGGUGGUGAGGAGGGGGUGGGAGGUUGAGAGGGCGCAGAGGAGGUUUGUGGGGUGUUCGUUGGAGGAGGCGGUUAGGAGUCAUGCGGUGGUGUUUGCGGCGGAGGAGGCGAGGAGGGAGGAGAAGGUUGUGAAGUGGGGGGAGUGGUGGGAGAGGAAGGUGAGUGGGCAUGAGGGGUGA